ACUCUGUUACUCUCCUUCUAACCUCUUGCUUGAAAGUAAAGAGACUUUGAAGAGAGUGUUGACAGGAGCGUAUAUUGUUUCGCCUUCUGUUAUCGACAAGAAGUACCGGAGCCGUGCAGUUCUUUCCCAGUCAGGGACCUCUCCAUUCGGACCUCCAGCGCGUCCCGUGCCCGACAGGAGAGACCUCGCUGGAAGGCUGCAUCUCUGCUAGUGACGUUCGACUAGGUACGACGUUAUCUGCUUGCAUCGCGUAUCAGUACAUGGUGGACGACGACCGCAAGUAAUUACGAUAUCGACUUGCACUCGCUCUUUUGUCGCGUAUUGCACUCUCAAUUCUCAUCACAGGAGAAUCAACUGAAGAUCCGAAACCCAUCAUUAACGAGAAUCAGCCCAAUAACGAGCCUUCAACACCCGCUGAAGGCUUAACCAACCCGCCGUUCUGGCUCCCCGCAAGCGCCAGCUCCGCUCCUCCCCCUCUUCCUCGCCCUCCACAUCCACGCGUCCAUCUUCGGAUAUCCCCCUUUCUCAGGGAGUCCCGACAACCGGAGAAGUCUCUCACUCGUUUCAAGGUGUUGGACGACCGGAGAAACGCAGGAGAACACACGCUGAGGAUACGGAACCAGAGAGGGAGCAAGAUCUGUUGGCUGAACAGGGGAAAGGAAAACAACGAGAAGAACCAGAAUCGAUACACGAAGAAGAACACGAGAUGGGAGUUGCACCGUCCCAACCCGGGCCGGCUGAACAACAUGAAGAAACAACACAGAGGCAUUCAGAGGACGAUGCAGAGCCUGAAGUCAGCGUUGCUGGCGAGAAUAGCUCUGCUCGCCCACCUGAAGCAACAGAAGAUCCAGAAGUAGGAGGGGAAGCUGAGCUACUAUCACCUUCCGAUUCGACCCCUCCCGAUUCCCACCCUUUCAUCCAGCACCUUUCUACCAUUUUCUCCGCGUAUGAGCUCGGUCCACACUCACCUUCCAUCCCCAAGUACUCGGGUCGGCAAGACUUGCAGACCAAUUUGAUCGAAGAGAACGUGCAGAGACUGUUUAAGCGAUUAUGGGAGGCAGAGGAGAGGCUGGAAGCGUACAGUCCGAACAAGCCAAACAAGCGAGUGAAGCAACUUGUGGAGGAGGAAGCUGAGUUGACUAGGAGUAACGGGGCAGGGGUGAAGAGGAAACACCCCGAAAGUCAAGGUCUACCAAUUACCCCCAUACAGACACCGGCAGUGGAGGGCCAAGCGACGGUUCCUGCUCGAGGGCCCUCCGAGCCCAAGGCAACGCCCAUGCACAUUGACCUUGGCAACCUGCCGCCCAGUAUUACUCCGGAAGACGUGGCGAAGAGGACUUUGCGGACUCCAAUCCCUCCAACCUAUCACCACUGUCCCGCCUGCGGACAUAUCAUGUCCCCGCCCUCCAUACUCUCCGGUCUGUUACAUGCCCGGGUCUCUUCCAACGAUUCACCCCUCGUCAUCCCCCCUGGCCCGCUUAGCGUCGCCGCCUUCGAGCGUGGCAUGGACGCGGUGGACGAGCUCAAGCUACUCAAAGCCCAGGUGCAAGAGAUCGCCCGCGUCUGCAUGGGUGUCGCCCAAGGCGAUCUGAGCAAGGUCAUCACUAUCGAAGUUCAGGGACCGGUCAUGAGCGAACUCCAAGACAGCGUGAACGAGAUGGUUGGUACGCUCAAGGCAUUUGCGGACCAAGUGACGCAUGUGUCCGUUAAGGUCGGCGUGGAGGGUGAGCUCGGUGUGUCCGCCCACGUACCAGAGAUCAAAGGAAAAUGGCUCGAGGUGCAGAACGUCGUCAACCAACUCGCGAACAACUUGACCGUCCAGGUCCGCGAAAUCUCCCAGGUCACGAAGGCCGUCGCGAAUGGCGACCUGAGCAAGCAGAUUGAUGUGCCUGCCCAAGGCGAGAUUCUCGAUUUGAAGAUCACGGUCAAUGACAUGGUAGUACAAUUGCGUGGUUUGGCUGCGGAAGUGACGAGGGUGACGAUGCAGCACGGUUCGGAGGGUAUUCUGGGAACCUCGGCGAAGGUCCCAGGUGUGAAUGGGGUCUGGAAGGAGUUGACUGACAAUGUGAAUGAGAUGUGCAGCAACCUAACCGACCAAGUACGCAGUAUUGCCGAAGUGACGACCGCCGUAGCAAAUGGCGACUUGACCAAGAUGGUCGCCAUUGAGGCAAAGGGCGAAAUGGCAAAGCUCAAGCACACUAUAAACGACAUGGUGCUGCAGCUCGGGACAUUCUCGCGAGAAGUUAUCCAGCUGGCUACCUGGGUCGGCACGGAUGGCAGGCUGGGCGAGCAAGCGCGUGUCGAUGGUGUCAAGGGCACAUGGCACGAGCUCACGACGAGUGUCAACGGCAUGGCCAAUAAUCUCACGCAACAGGUCCGCUCUAUCGCCAACGUCACAAAAGCUGUCGCUGCCGGCGACCUGACCAAAAAGAUUGAAGUCGACGCCAAGGGUGAGAUCGCGGACCUCAAAGGGACGAUCAACAACAUGGUCGACCAGUUGCGCAUGAUUGCGGAUCAGGUUUCGACAGUCGCACAGGAAGUCGGGACAGAUGGCAAAUUGGGCGGCAAGGCUAUUGUUCCUGGUGUCCUGGGAACUUGGGCGGAAUUGACCAACAACGUUAACCGAAUGGCGGACAACCUCACUAACCAAGUCCGAGAAAUUAGUCGCGUGACGUUAGCCGUUGCGGACGGUGACCUUUCGCAAUCCAUCGAUGUUCAGGCGAAGGGAGAGAUCAAAUCACUCAAGGACACUGUGAAUAGUAUGAUCACUCGACUGGAUAAUUUGGCCAAAGAAGUCACACGUGUUGCUCUCGAGGUCGGUACGAACGGCAAUCUAGGACAGCAGGCUGUUGUCAAAGAUGUAUCUGGCGUAUGGAAGGAGCUUACGCACAAUGUCAACCGCAUGGGCGAUAAUCUGACGAACCAAGUCCGCGCGAUCGCCGAAGUUACGACGGCCGUUUCGAAAGGGGACCUGUCCCAGUUCAUCAACAUCGAAGCCCAAGGAGAGGUCCGGACACUUUCCAUGACUGUCAACUCUAUGAUCGUCCGGCUGGGGGCGUUUGCAAGCGAGGUGACAAGGGUGGCGGGAAAAUUGGGAACGGAUGGUAAAUUGGGCGACUCCGCCAAAGUAGAUGGCCUGGAAGGCAUCUGGGCUGAGCUGACUGAGAACGUUAAUCGUAUGUCCUCAAAUAUCACUGAGCAAGUGCGGGCUAUAUCAGCAGUUACCGUGGCUGUCGCGAGGGGUGAUCUCAGUAAGGAGAUCACUGUCGAUGCGCAGGGUGAAUUCCGAGACCUCAGAGAUACCGUCAAUGGUAUGGUUCACCGAUUACAGGCUUUCUCCGACGAGGUGAAGAGAGUGGCCCUGGACGUUGGGACCAACGGGAAGCUGGGAGGGCAGGCGAAAGUGGAAGAUGUUGAGGGGGAAUGGGCACAGCUGACCGCAGCGGUGAACAAAAUGGCCAAUAACCUGACAUUGCAAGUGCGAUCCAUCGCAGACGUUACCAAAGCCGUCGCUGCCGGUGAUCUAACAAAAAAGAUCGAUGUGCCCGCUGAAGGCGAGAUCAAUGAUCUGAAAACCACCAUCAAUUCCAUGGUGGAUCAACUGCGAACGUUUGCGAGCGAAGUCACAUCUCUGGCGCAAAGGGUAGGGACCGAAGGUGUACUAGGCGGGGCAGCCAAAGUCGAAGGCGUUCAGGGCACAUGGGCUGCCCUUACUGAGAACGUUAAUCGAAUGGCAGACAAUCUCACGAGCCAAGUUCGCGCCAUCUCCGCCGUCACGAAAGCCGUAGCUAGCGGCAAUCUGACGGAGAAGAUCACAGUCGAAGCUAAAGGGGAAAUCCUGGAGCUGAAGCAGACAAUCAAUGGAAUGGUGGAUCAGCUCAGCACAUUCGCACGUGAAAUAACGAGACUGGCUACUGAUGUUGGUACUCGUGGGAUCCUUGGCAGGCAAGCAAAUGUUGCGGGAGUUGAGGGGACGUGGGCAGACCUGACCACAAACGUCAAUCGCAUGGCCGACAAUUUAACCAAUCAAGUCCGCUCUAUUAAAUUAGUGACCACUGCCGUCGCUGACGGCGAUCUGACAAAACACAUCAAUGUCGAUGCACAAGGCGAGAUUCUCGACCUGAAAAACGUCAUCAAUCGCAUGGUAGAUCAGUUGGGUACAUUCGCCAGUGAGGUCACGCGCGUUGCUCUUGACGUAGGAACGUACGGACAACUCGGUGGGCAGGCAACCGUGGAGGGAGUGAAGGGUACAUGGGCAGCUCUGACUACCAAUGUGAACCGUAUGGCCGAUAAUUUGACUAACCAGGUACGAUCCAUUGCAGCAGUCACGCUCGCUGUGGCCGAGGGAGAUCUAACAAAGAAGAUCGACGUUGAGGCCUUGGGAGAAAUAAAGGAUCUGAAGAAUACGGUGAAUUCCAUGGUGGAUCAAUUGAAUAUGUUUGCCAGCGAGGUGACGAGAGUGGCACUUGAAGUGGGUACGAAGGGCGCGCUUGGGGGACAAGCUAAAGUCGAGGGCGUCCAAGGGACAUGGGAAGACCUGACUAAGAGCGUCAACCGCAUGGCAGACAACCUCACCAAUCAAGUCCGUUCUAUUGCUGAGGUGACUAAGGCUGUUGCGAAAGGGGACCUCACGAAGACGAUUGAGGUGGACGCCGAGGGAGAAAUUGAUGCACUGAAAGAAACUAUCAAUGGAAUGGUAGCGAACCUGAGUCGUUUUGCCGCCGCAGUUUCCCUGUUGGCGCUCGAAGUGGGAACCAAAGGCAAGCUAGGAGAGCAAGCUGUUGUGUCUGGGGUGGAGGGUGUUUGGGCUGAUCUCACCGACAACGUCAAUCGGAUGGCCCAAAAUCUCACCACUCAAGUCCGUUCAAUCUCUGAGGUAACCAAAGCUGUUGCGAAAGGCGAUCUAAGCAAGACCAUUGACGUCAGCGCGGAGGGGGAAAUUGAAGACCUCAAGGAUACGGUCAACAAUAUGGUCCGAAAUCUGAUCACAUUCGCUAGCGAGGUAGCAACACUCGCCAGAGCUGUAGGAACCGAAGGUAGACUAGGCGGCCAGGCUAAUGUGCACGGCGUUGAGGGUAUAUGGGCCAGUCUCACCCAAGAUUUCAAUGACAUGGCAAAUAACCUCACGACGCAAGUGCGUGAAGUAUCGGAGGUCUGUAAAGCCAUCGCCCGCGGUAACCUGGACAGAAUGAUCGAAGCAGAUGUGCGGGGUGAAAUCCUGGACUUGAAGGAUACCAUCAAUAACAUGGUUAUCGACCUGAAUGCGGUUAGCCGAGAGGUCAGCCGUGUUGCGGACGAAGUCGGUACGCAAGGAAUACUAGGUGGACAAGCUAGAGUCACCGGCAUACAUGGUAUAUGGGCUGAUCUACGAGACAAUGUCAACAGAAUGGCUGAUAACCUCACCAAUCAAGUUCGAAACAUUGCCUCUGUAACAAAGGGAAUAGCAGAAGGUGACUUAACUCGCUACAUUGAAGUUGCCGCGCAAGGAGAAAUCCUCGAUUUGAAAGAGACCGUGAAUAACAUGGUGUCUGGUCUCAGUCAUAUGGCGGGAGAAUUAUCCCGGGUCGCGCUGGAAGUUGGUACAAAAGGAGUUCUUGGUGGCCAGGCGAUCAUCCAGGACAUGCCCGGGACGUGGGGUGUCGUAGUCAUCAAUGUUAACAACAUGGCAAACAACCUUACUUCCAACGUCAGAUCAAUUGCCGCUGUGACGAAGGCAGUCGCACAGGGCGACCUUACGCAAAAGACAUUUGUUCGGGCCCAGGGAGAGAUUGGACAGCUCAGCCUAACGAUCAAUAAGAUGGUCACCCAGUUGAACACAUUUGCCAAUGAAGUCACGCGUGUUGCCUUAGAAGUCGGCACACAAGGGAAGCUUGGUGGCCAAGCCCAUGUCCAAGGGGUAGAAGGAGUAUGGGCAGAACUCACCAAUAAUGUCAACCGAAUGGCCGACAACCUUACGAACCAAGUCCGGUCAAUAUCCGAUGUCACCAAGGCCGUCGCGGCUGGUGAUCUUACUCGGUAUGUCGAGGUCCAAGCACAGGGAGAGAUUCAAGAACUCAAGGACACCGUGAACACCAUGAUUCUUCGGCUAAACACAUUCGGGACUGAAGUCACGCGUGUCGCCCUCGAAGUGGGCACGCAGGGAAAGCUUGGUGGUCAGGCAAUGGUCGAAGGUGCAGAAGGUGUUUGGGGAGAUCUGACUAACAAUGUGAAUCGUAUGGCGGAUAAUCUCACAAAACAAGUCCGCUCCAUUUCCACUGUGACGAAGGCUGUUGCGGUAGGGGAUUUGACUCAGUACAUCGAGGUGGUGGCGGACGGUGAAAUCGCAGAGCUCAAAAAUACGGUGAAUGCAAUGAUUAGCCGUCUGAACACGUUUGCCAGCGAAGUAACUCGUGUCGCUCUAGAGGUGGGUACCCGAGGCAGACUGGGUGGGCAGGCACAGGUGGAGGACGUACAGGGCGUUUGGGCAGAUUUGACCUUCAACGUCAAUCGUAUGGCCGACAAUCUCACCAAUCAAGUUCGGUCGAUCUCCGAUGUGACCAAAGCUGUCGCGGCUGGCGAUCUCACUCGCUUCAUCGAGGUGCAAGCACAAGGAGAAAUAGCGGAUCUCAAGGACACCGUAAACACCAUGAUACGUCGUUUGAACACUUUCUCUACUGAAGUGACUCGUGUUGCCCUGGAAGUUGGAACCCGAGGCAAGUUGGGGGGUCAAGCGAAAGUGCAGGACGUCGAGGGUGUUUGGGCGGAUCUGACCGCGAAUGUCAAUCGGAUGGCAGACAAUCUAACCAAUCAAGUUCGAUCCAUCUCAAACGCAACGAAGGCUGUCGCUGCGGGUGACCUGACACAAUACAUUGACGUUAUAGCUGAAGGAGAAAUCGCGGAACUGGUGGACACUGUCAACACGAUGAUUAGCCGUCUCAACACGUUUGCUAACGAAGUCACACGUGUGGCCUUGGAAGUUGGUACGCAAGGCAAGCUGGGAGGUCAAGCUCAUGUCCAGGAUGUACAAGGUGUUUGGGCUGCUCUUACCUUCAAUGUCAACCGAAUGGCUGAUAAUCUCACGAGCCAAGUGCGGUCGAUCUCUGACGUUACCAAGGCUGUUGCUGUUGGCGAUCUUACUCAAUAUAUUGAAGUAGACGCGCAAGGAGAAAUGGCAGAUCUCAUGAACACCGUGAACGCAAUGAUUCGGCGUCUGAACAAUUUUGCAAGGGAAGUAACUCGCGUUGCCCUAGAAGUGGGAACACAAGGCAGGCUGGGAGGUCAAGCGAAAGUACAGGACGUUGAAGGUAUCUGGGCUCUUUUGACUUCAAAUGUCAAUCGCAUGGCGGAUAAUCUAACAAACCAAGUUCGAUCUAUCUCAACUGUUACGAAAGCUGUCGCCGCAGGUGACCUUACUUCCUUCAUCGAAGUGGAAGCUCAAGGCGAGAUCGAGGAAUUGAAAAGCACAGUGAACACCAUGAUUCGUCGUCUCAACACCUUUGCAAGCGAGGUCACCCGUGUGGCGGUGGAAGUCGGCACUGACGGCAAACUCGGUGGUGAGGCUAUUGUUCAUGACGUCGAAGGCAUUUGGGCAGACCUGACGUCGAGCGUCAAUAGAAUGGCUCGAAAUCUUACUCUCCAAGUCCGCUCUAUUACCACCGUUACGAAGGCAAUAUCCAUGGGAGAUAUCACUAAGCUAGUGGAUGUCGACGUGCGGGGGGAAAUGCUGGAUUUAAAGGAAACCGUGAAUAGCAUGGUCCAUCAGCUGGACUUCAUUGUGAAUGAAGUGUCCCGAGUAGCGCUCCAAGUUGGUAUUGAAGGUAAUCUGGGUGGGCAGGCAAUGGUCGGACCACUCGUUCAGGGGAAGUGGAAGGUUUUGACCGACAAUGUUAAUUUGAUGGCAAACAAUCUCACUGAGCAAGUUCGGUCCAUUGCGUUGGUCACUACGGCCGUAGCUGAAGGUGACUUGUCAAAACGGAUAGAGGCCGAAGCGCAAGGUGAAAUUUUGGAUCUCAAGAAUACUGUAAACAGCAUGUGCGACUCACUUGAUAUGUUUGGGUCCGAGGUCACCCGCGUUGCCAAGACCGUUGGUACUGACGGCAUACUCGGGGUUCAAGCACAGGUCGAUAAUGUGGCUGGUAUCUGGAAGGAUCUUACGGACAAUGUGAAUGGCAUGGCCAAUAACCUUACUAAACAAGUCCGUGGUAUUGCGGAAGCGACAAAAGCUGUAUCAAAAGGAAACCUUACAACUAAGGUCGAUAUCAGAGCUUCCGGUGAAAUCCAGGAACUUGUCGUUACAAUCAAUGGCAUGAUAGAUCAGCUUGCUAUGUGGGCCGGUGAAGUUCAGAGAGUUGCUCACGAAGUCGGAACUGAAGGCAGGCUUGGGGUCAAUGCGAGCGUGCACUAUGUCGAAGGAACGUGGCGGGAGAUCACUGUGGCUGUAAAUACUAUGGCGAACAACCUGACUGCUCAAGUCAGAGGAUUAUCCCAGAUCGCCUCAGCGGCGACAGACGGGGACUUCACAAAGUUUGUCACCGUAGAAGCCAGUGGGGAAAUGGACUCGCUCAAGACGAAAAUUAAUCAUAUGAUCCGAGACCUGCGCGACAGCAUACAACGGAAUACUUUGGCCAAGGAGGCUGCAGAAUCAGCAAACAGAAGCAAGUCCGAGUUCCUGGCCAAUAUGUCACAUGAAAUCAGGACCCCUAUGAAUGGCAUCAUUGGAAUGACUUCGCUAUGUUUGGAAUCAGGCGAAUUGACCCGAAGCAAUAAGGAUAAUCUCCAGAUUGUCCACAGUCUGGCGCAAUCUCUCCUCUUCAUCAUCGAUGAUAUUCUAGAUAUCUCCAAAAUCGAGGCGGGACGCAUGACCAUAGAGUAUAUUACAUUCUCUAUCCGGCACCUCAUUUUCCAAGCUCUGAAGGGCUUGUCUAUUCGAGCGCAGCAGGGCAAGGUAGACUUGACGUACGAGGUUAAUAACGACAUCCCCGAUCAGAUUGUCGGGGACAUGUUCCGUUUGCGACAGGUCCUGGUGAAUUUGGUUGGGAACGCUAUCAAGUUCACACCGACUACCGAAGAGAAACCUGGAAAAGUUACCGUCAGCGUUACCUGGUUCCCAGAAUACUCCAACGAUCACAUGAUCAAGCUGCUCUUCAGAGUACAGGACACCGGAAUAGGGAUUGCGCCUGACAAGGUCAGCGUGAUCUUCGAUACUUUCGCUCAAGCCGACGGGUCCACCACACGGAGAUUUGGGGGAACAGGGCUUGGCCUGUCAAUAUCAAAGCGCUUGGUGCUCCUCAUGGGUGGUAAUCUUUGGGUCGAGAGUGUGGAAUAUCAAGGCAGCACUUUCUACUUUACCAUAUUUGCUCGCCUAACACCAGGAAAUGCGGAUUCGGAGACCAUGCAGAAGAUUGCUCUCUACGAGAAUCGUCCAGUGCUGUGGUUGAACUCACGCCGGAACGGAGAUAAUGUCACUCGACUUUUGCAAGACCUCAAGUUUAGUGUCCGUGUCGCUCAUAAGAUGGAAGAUAUCCCUAAGGACGAAACACGGUAUGAUGCCAUCAUGAUCGAUCAGGUCGGCUUAGUCGACGUGGUCCGGCAAGAAGAGAAUCUGAAGGACUCGCCAUUCGUCAUUCUGGAUGGUGAUGCAACUCAUCUUGACUUACAAUGGUGUGUUGGCAAUAGCGUGCAAUCUCACCUUCCUUGGGUCAACGACAUCCCGACUCUGGCAGGGGCACUUCUCCCUGCGCUCGAAUACGUCUCGGGAGAGCCACUCACGGGCGACAAACAUGUACCCUUCGACAUCCUCCUUGCCGAAGACAAUGUCGUAAACCAGAAGGUCGCCGUCAAGAUUCUAGAGAAACUUGGACAUCGUCUCGAGGUAGUCGACAACGGGAAGAAGGCGCUUGAGGCAGUUAAGAUACGGGCGAAAUCCGGCCGACAGUACGACCUUGUUCUUAUGGACGUGUCCAUGCCUUUUAUGGGUGGUAUCGAAGCGACAGAGAUCAUCCGGAGGUGGGAGCACGAAACUGGCGUGGCACGUGUCCCGAUCGUCGCACUGACGGCGCACGCGAUGCUGGGCGACCGGGAGCGCUGCAUCCAAGCUGGCAUGGACGAAUAUGUGUCCAAGCCGUUGAAGCGGUCUGACCUGAUAUCGAGCAUGACCAAGGCAGUCCGGAUCAGCCAGCGCAAACAGAACCAGAUAAUCCGAGUCACGAAUGUCUGAUGCGUUGGUCAAGGCUAUGCCCGUACCUCGCUUACUGAUGAGAUCUGGGUCCUGGCGAUCCUGGGAAAGAUACUGUAUUAUGGCAAUGUGAACUACUGUAUCCCUAGCACAAUCAUCUCUCGUCUUCCCCAAUCCCUUUCUCUUUCUCUCUUUUUUCCAAUUCUCGUAGUUGCUUCUUCGUUUUAGUCCUGAUUCAUCCGGGCGGGUCUUUGCAAUUUGUGAUACCGAACCAGUGGGCUUUUGUG